CCCGUGAAAUCACGUGUCUGGCACCCGUGGCCAUGGUGGCGAUGACCAGCCUGCAGAUAUAAAUAGUGGACGAAAGCCCUUCUCGUCCAAUGCGCAUCCAGACCUAGUGAGCAACCAUGAAGGCCUUCAUCUUCCUCGCUCUCCUGGGAGCUGCUGUCGCUUUCCCCAAUGACGAUGACGACAAGAUCGUCGGGGGCUACACCUGCAAAAAGAACACCAUCCCCUACCAGGUGUCCCUGAACGCUGGCUACCACUUCUGCGGCGGCUCCCUCAUCAACGACCAGUGGGUGGUGUCUGCGGCUCACUGCUACAAGUCCCGCAUCCAGGUGCGUCUGGGAGAGUACAACAUCGAACUUGUGGAGGGCAACGAGCAAUUCAUCAAUGCUGCCAAGAUCAUCCGCCACCCCAAAUACAAUGCUAGGACCAUCGAUAAUGACAUCAUGCUGAUUAAACUGAGCUCGCCCGCCACCCUCAACUCUCGCGUCUCCACUGUCUCUCUGCCAAAAACUUGUGCAAGUGUUGGCACUCAGUGUCUCAUCUCCGGCUGGGGCAACACCCAGAGCGUCGGCACUAACUACCCCGAGCUGCCACAGUGUCUGGAUGCCCCCAUCCUCUCCGACAGCGCUUGCCGCAAUGCCUACCCAGGCGAGAUCACCAACAACAUGAUGUGCCUGGGCUUCCUGGAGGGUGGCAAGGACUCUUGCCAGGGUGACUCCGGCGGCCCCGUGGUCUGCAAGGGCCAGCUGCAGGGCAUCGUCUCCUGGGGCUACGGCUGCGCUUUGAAGGGCAAGCCUGGCGUGUACACCAAGGUCUGCAACUACGUGAGCUGGAUCAAGGACACCAUCGCUGCCAACUAAGUGCACCUCCGCGCCAGACAACGUCUCCUUCUUCCCAUGCCCGAACACAGUGCCUAAAUAAAAACAUUCUGUCCCGCAUCAAA